GCUAUGCUUCUAUAGAUGUCACACUGCCAAAAACCCUCUAAUUCCUCCCUCUCUCUCUCUCUCUCUGCUGUCUGUGUGUCUCAGCUGCGUCUCAUAGACUGGGGUCUGGCUGAGUUCUACCACCCAGCUCAGGAAUACAACGUCAGGGUGGCCUCCCGUUAUUUUAAAGGACCAGAGCUGCUCGUGGACUAUCAGCUUUAUGACUACAGUCUGGACAUGUGGAGUCUAGGCUGCAUGUUGGCCAGCAUGAUCUUCCUCAAAGAGCCAUUCUUCCAUGGCCAGGACAACUACGAUCAGCUGGUCCGCAUCGCUAAGGUUCUUGGGACAGAUGAGCUGUUUGGCUACCUACACAAGUACCACAUUGAAUUGGACACACGUUUCAAAGACCUGCUGGGACAGCAGACGAGGAAGCGCUGGGAGCAGUUUGUCCAGACAGAGAACCAGCACCUGGUGACCCCUGAGUCCCUGGACCUGCUGGACAAGCUGCUACGUUACGACCACCAGCAGAGACUGACCGCUGCUGAGGCCAUGCAGCAUCCAUACUUCUAUCCAGUGCUGAAUGAACAGACCAUCUCCAACACACACACCAAGGCAAUAAGUGGAUCCAAUGCAACAUGAUGGACAGAGAGGAGGAAAACCUUUGUUACCUCAACUUGUGACCCUUUCGUGGUAGAAACGAUCUGCCUCCAAGUCUACAGCCAUACUGGAGCAAGACGCCAACUUGCAACACACACAACACUCUUGGAUAAAACCUAAAUCUGUCACAACGUGGGUACUAGCGUUGCUUGGCCCCAGUCACACACAACGUAUUGGAUCCAAGCUAUGAGGUGUGAUAUUGCCUCCUAGAACUGCCCCCCCUGAAAUCCCUGCCCGCUCCCCACCCCACCCACCUCAACUCCCCUGUUUUCAAAUAAGCUGAUGUCAGAUGUGAUACAGAGACUGACUCCAGGUCAGUUUGGCACUGGUGUUGUGCUGUGAGAUGUGUGUUGGUCAGUAUGGAGCUGCACUGGCCUGGGGUCAGAGCUAUAAUAGCACUGAGUGGCAUGGAGGCUCUUUUCUGCUAUGGAUAGAACAAAUACUAUAUUAAAGAGAAUAAACCAUUUUUAUUUAAA